GAGCAUGCGCUAAUUUGUGCGGGAAGCACGCCAUUUUGUACGUUCUGAAGUCUAAUAUCGGAAAGGCCGUGAAAUCCAUUGCAAUCCUCUGGGAAAAGAGGAACAAUGGACAUCCAAUACGGCAUAGCAGUUUCUAACAAAUACCAAUUUUUGAACGAUGAAGAGGAGGAUCCAUAUGAAAUCCUCAAACAGCAAGAGGAGGCCAAGUUGAAGAAGAAGGACGAAACCGAUAAGAAAGCUAAAAAUAAGCACGCAAAAAAGUCUGCACCUCCAGUUGAUGCAAAAAAUAAGCAAGCUGAAACGACAGUGACAAAGAAGGAAGACAAACCAAAUUCAGCAAGACCAGAAAGAGGUGGCCGUGGUGGCAGACAAAACAGAGAGCCUCGUGAAAUUAGAGACAAUGAGACCGAUAGGCGACCACCAAGAAGACAACCUCCACGAGAACCAAGAGAGCCAAAGGGUGAUGAAAAUGUUCCCCCCGAAUUUAGGGAAAGGCCAGAAGGGAGUACUGGAUUUAACCGAGAGGGAGGAGAGCGUGGCCGUGGUAGAGGUGGCCGUGGUGGAUUUGGAAGAGGACGAGGUGGCCGUGGCAAUCGUGGAGGUCCCAGAGAGGGAUUCCGUGAAGGUGGUGGUGGUGGAUUUGGUGCUCCUGGUGGUGGACCUGGUGGCGAGAGACCGAGAAGGGAUUUUGAUCGUCACAGUGGUAGUGACAAAACUGGCAUCAAGGCUGUGGAGAAGAAAGAGGGAGGUGGUGCUCGCAACUGGGGAACAUUCAAGGAUGAUAUGGUUGAACCCGUUCAGGAUGGUGAGGAGGAACAUCGUGAAAACUGGACAUCCGAGGAGGUUCCCGAGAAUGCUGAACUCAAUGAAAGUGGUGAAGCUGAACAUGUUGGAGACGGAGAAGAACCAGCAAAGCAAAUGACUUUGGAUGAAUGGAAGGCUCUGCAGAAACAGAAUAGGACCAAGGUGGACUACAAUAUUAGAAAGGCUGGAGAGGGCGAGGACAAUAAUAAGUGGAAGAAAGGUGUCGCAUACACAAAGAAAAAGGAAGAAUCUGAUGAUGAGGAAGAUGAAGAUGAUGAGGAUGACAGGCACAAGAAAAAGGACCUUUUAGACAUUAGGAUUACCUUUAACGAGUCGCCACGUCGCGGUCGUGGUGGAAGAAGACCCCGCGAUGGGCGCAGCCGUGGAGGUAGAGGUGGCGGCGGCGGCAUGGGUCGUGGUGACCGGAAGCCACGCGAAACUGCACCAAAGAUGGAUGACGAAACAGACUUCCCUAGUUUGGUCAAGAGUGCAGCAUGAGCAGAUACAAAGCAUCCUGUUGAUAACUGUGUCUCCAGCCCUGCCCAUCAAGAUUUUGACUUCCAUAGUUUGCCAAGACAAGUGGAUUUCGGUUUAAUGGUGUGGAUAUUUUUCUACAAGUGGUUAAACUUGAUUGAUUGCCUGUUGCAUUUUAAAUUACCUCUAACCUUUUAACAUCGACCAUUGGUGUGUGUGGGAUCUCAUCAUCAUUCAGGAUUGGUUAUUGGACAGCACUUCUUAUGCUGCCAUCCGAAACAUUGCAUGAGAAUGAAUAAUUCAAAUAGAAUUCACAGGAAUCAUUGCUACAAACAAGUGCUGUGUUUUCUUUUCUUUCUUUUUUUUUAUGUGAUGUUUGGGCGUUUCUUGCUCAUGUGCAAGACUUGUGUGUUUAUAUUUUGGACAAAAGGACGAAUGACUUCCCCCAUUUUUACUUUUCCAAUUACACCUGACAGAUAUUUUGAUAUGUACACACUGUACUAAUGUGUACAUAUUUUUUUCAUUUAUAUCUGAGAAGAAAAAAAAGUUGACAAAAAACUGAUAACCUUGUGGUAUGUGAUUUGUUUCAACAUAGUGACUUUGCCAACUAUUGUGCAACCAAUAUUUAUUGCAGCAACAUAAAAGCUUUGCCCGUUUUUUCAUACUGCCAUGUAUUUGUAGGACAAGAUUUAGUUUUUGUUGCAUGAGUGUGGUGUUUGUUUGGGUAUUUUCGAAUGAAUCACUGUUUUUUAAAGUAAAAAUAUCUAUUAGGUUAUACACCCCUAGUUCUGCUCAUCUCUACUACUUGUUGACAUUUUAUAUAUAGUGAUAACCUGUUUAGACAGCAAAAGACUACAUGUUGUGGUAUCAGUUCGAUUGUUCUAAUUUUUAUAUAUCAUGUGUUUUGUGAAAUUUCAUGAUCUUGAAUGAUCAAUUGCAUUCCCAGUGCAGCCCAAACAAUUAAAUGGAAUUGCACCCUAAGUUGAUGUAGAUCAAUUAGAACAAUAAUAAUUCAGGUCAGAUGCCUAUUUUACGGACAUUAUCUAAAUUGUCAGCUUUACUAUUUAGUACUGUGAUCGUUUCCUGUUGACAAUAAUUAAAAGGGGGCGUAUUUGCUCAAUUUUGUUCUUCAAAUUACUUAGAAGAGCUUUGGUUCUAAAAGUAUUUAACUUAACAUUGUUUUGACUUAAAUAUGUGAUCUAGGUAUUUUUUCUUUGAUUUGUGUUCAUUUGUUCCUUAGAUUGAGAAAUGUAAAAUCUGGCUUUUAUAGAGUACACAGAUAUAUUAUUCACUGUAUACAUUAUGUACUGAAGGCAUACCAAAUAUUUAUCGUGAAGUCAUGUUAAAUACUGAAAUUAUAACAUAUCUGUAACAUAAUUCCUGUCUUUAACAUUUCUUGUUUGGAAAAAAUGUAUCCUUGAUCAUCCCACAUUCAGCAGUUUUCAUGCAGUAGCUUUCUUUUUCUUCAUGGUUUGUACAACUUGACAAAUAUGUAAAUACUUGUUAUAUGUAGAUGUUGACAAAGUUAAAAUGACUUGGAACAGUUGACAUUAAGAGCAUUUGAUCUAUUAUGCACUAUUGCGCUCCAUGGCCAUUUACUUCUGUUGGUUGAUGGGUAGAUGUAUACAUUUAUUUGGACUUUAAGAUCAGUGUAGUCUAAUGAUACAGACCUUAAAUCGCUAGUCGGACAAGCUGAUGUACUUUUCUAUCUUUAUAUUAUAUCGUGUAGUAGGAAGAUGUCAAAUUUACCAUGGAGCGAUAAGAUUGUAUAUUUUGUUCAUCCUCAUGUCCAAUUUAAUAUGAAUGAUGAACAGACUCAAUUGCAGAAGUGUUCAGUUGUUGCUAGACUUAACCAGUCUGAAAUGAAGGAAAGCUAUGGAUUAUUUGCAUUUUCGUGUGUGAAGAGGAAAUACUGUCAUUAUUUACAUAGCGCACCAGGUAUUGCUGCUGCAAGUGGACUGAAAUUUUUAUUAAACGCCAAAUUGCAAACUUCAUUGGAAGAGGCAGCAAACACGGAUGACAACAGCUGAUGUUAUUUAUUAAAAUAACAUAUAUUCUGAUAA